GGGCAAUGAGCACAGAAUCUGGUUCGUUGGCCCAAUAGAGGAACAGGGAAUCUGGUUCUAAUGACGAACGACUGAAUAAAAUGCUUUGAAUUGGAAGUUAUAAAUGUAGUGUAAUUCCAGCACUCCGCUCCUGUCUUCCACUCUUCUCCUAACACUGCUUCAGCUUCACGGCCAACCCAUCCUCAUAACUCCACCUCCAAGCUUCACAUUUACUCGUCGUCAUGUCAGACGUCGAUUCUAGCGUGCUAAAUCCGACUUAUGCUGAGAUUGUCGUGGUGCGUCACGGGGAAACGGAGUGGAAUGCUGAUGGAAGGAUUCAGGGGCAUCUGGAUGUUGAACUAAAUGAUUCUGGGAGACAACAAGCAUCUGCAGUUGCUGAUAGACUAUCCAGGGAGGGUAAAAUCUCCGUUGUAUACUCUUCAGACUUGAAAAGGGCUCUUGAAACUGCACAGAUAAUUGCAACCUGCUGUGGUGGGCUAGAGGUUAUUAAAGAGCCUGAUCUACGGGAAAGACACUUGGGAAAUCUUCAAGGGCUUGUACUACGUGAAGCAGCCAAACUUAGUCCUGAGGCUUACUGGGCCUUUUCAAAUCACAAGACAGAUCAGGAAAUUCCAGGUGGUGGAGAAAGUCUUGACCAACUUUAUGAACGGUGCACAUCUUCAUUGGAGAGAAUUGGUAGAAAGCAUAAAGGAGAACGAGUGGUUGUGGUCACUCAUGGGGGAGUCGUCAGAUCACUGUACAAGCGAGCUUGCCCAAAUGGAAGGUCUGGAGGGAAGGUAUUGAAUACAUCUGUCAACAUCCUUCACUUGUCGGAUAGGGAUGAGUGGACCAUAAAAUCGUGGGGUGAUGUUAGUCAUCUCAACCAAACUGGAUUUCUGGAGUCUGGGUUUGGUGGGGACAAAACUUCUGGUUAGUUUGGUUGUCUUAGCAUUCUUCAGUCACAUGGCUACAACCAAGAUUGAAAACAACUAUAUUCGAGAAGUGGUAUGCUGGCUUCUGAAAGGAACUAAGGCUCAACCAACAAUGAUUAUUCUGCCCAAUAUACCCAGGAAUUAGUUCUCUCUGUCAUUAACGUUGUUUAGAUGUACCUAGACUGCUACAUAAUCUGUUAUUCUGUUAUACUGAUAAAUCUAUCUACGAUGGAAGUUUUUCAAUUAAA